CUUGUUCUCACAGCUUUCAGUACAGAUCUACUUCCCUGUAUGCAAACUAUGUCACUGGUGUUGCAACAAACUGUUGUUGAUUCGGCCUGAUUGUCAAUAGAGUUUUCCAAUGGAAGCGGAAAAAUCAGCGGCAUCAAUGGAAGUUGAUGUACAUGCUUUUACCACCUCCGGACAUAGUCAGCAGCCCCCAGAGUUCAGGAUUGUGUUGAUCGGUGGGAGAGAAUUAAAUGGUGACCCCAGUAAUAAGAGCGAAGCUGGAAACAUCAUACUGGGCAAAAGUGUUUUUGACACCAGCAGAAGAACUGCCCACAGUGUUGCGAGGCAGCAGGAGGUCCAUGGCAGACAAGUCACAGUGGUUGAUACUCCAGGCUGGUGGUGGCACUACCCACAAGAAAACACCCCAAAGCUGGAUCAGAUAGAAAUCAGGAACAGUGUCCACUUGUGUCCCCCGGGGCCUCACGUCUUUCUUCUAGUCAUUCCGAUUGAGUUAACAUUUCCUAAGAUCUUCAAACCAUCACUAGAGGAACACCUGCAACUUUUCCCUGGAGGAGUGUUUGAUCACACUAUUGUGUUGUUCACUGCGGAUGCUCCAUGUAAUUAUAAAAAUGUACAACACGUAAUCAGUUUGUGGCCAGCUCUUCAGUGGGUUCUUAAACAAUGUGGAAACCGAAAGCAUGUCCUCAACAUCAGUGAUAGGCAGGAUAGCACUCAAGUCAUAACACUCUUCAAGAAAAUAGAGGUGAUGAUGGCAGAAAAUGCCGGCAGUCACUUUUCUGUUGACAGAGUUGAAGGGAAUGCUCUGAAAGAGGAACUGGAAGAAAUGGCUGAAAGAGCAACAACGAGGUUUGCUGAAGUGGAGACUAAAAGAAGGAAACUGAGAGCACUGAUUGAAGGUGGCAAACCCCCCCCAACACAUUUAAAGAUGGUGAUGGUUGGAGCACAGUGGUCAGGCAAGAGCUCAGCGGGCAACACCAUGCUGAGAAAAGAUGCAUUUGCUGUUCUUUACAGUAGAACAACAGAGCACUGUGAAAUCAGCCACGGCAUGGUGGCAGACAGGCAGCUCACUGUGGUAGAUUCUCCUGGCUGGUUCUACAACAGCACCCUUCAGGACCUCUCUGAGAUGGAUAAACUGGAAAUAGAGAACAGCAUGCAUCUGUGCCCUCCAGGACCCCACGCAGUGCUCCUCGUGGUCGGACUGGCAUCUGCGUUUAAUGCAUCAUACCAGAAAGCGGUCCACGAGCACAUGAGUCUCUUCACAGAUGAAGUCUGGAAACACACCAUUGUUGUGUUCACUCGAGGUGACUGGCUGGGAGUGAAGACUGUGGAGGAGCGUAUCGAGAGUGAGAAAGGUCUGCAGUGGCUUGUGGAGAAGUGUGGGAAUAUGUAUCAUGUUCUGGACAACACGGAUCGCAGUGAUGAGAGGCAGGUAACAGAGCUCCUCAAGAAGAUUGAAGAGAUGUGGGCAGGAAACAGGGAUCCUCAUUACAAAGUUGACCUGGGUCAUGCAGAGCAGAUAGAGGCAAGGAAAGAGGCUGUAGACAAGAUGGCAAGAGGGAUUAGGCGGAUAACCCAAAGACAAACAAGAAUACUAAGAGAGCUGUUCAGAGGGGAGAUGCAGCCAAUCACUUACAAGAGGUUUGUACUUCUUGGCAGAAAAGAGUCGGGGAAGAGUAUGGCAGGAAACAGGAUCCUUUUUAAAGAGCUGUUUGGCACGGCUUGGAUGAAGAAGGAAUUCCAGGAUCAGAGAAGGCGCACGAUGUGUGUAAAACAUGAAACAAAUGUUGCUGGAGUAAACAUCUCAGUCGUCGAGGCACCAGGCUGGUUUACAGACUCGAUGACACCCGACUGGCUCAAAAGUGAAGUUCAGCGCAGCAUCUUCAUGUGUGCUCCAGGCCCUCAUGCUUUUUUCCUGGUUGUUCCCACCUCCAAAGCCUUUACAGAGAAUGACUACAAAGCAGUGGUGGAGCUCUUGAUGCCAUUCAGCGAGAGAGUCUGGAGACACUGCAUGGUGCUGUUCACCUGGGGGGACUGGCUCAAGGAAAGGUCCAUUGAGGAGCACAUUGCGGCAGAAGGCAAAGCCCUCAAGCAGCUUGUGGAAAUGUGUGGUUACAGAUACCAUGUUCUCAACUGCAAUCGCUUUAGUGAUGGGUUUCAAGUCGUAGAGCUCUUUGAGAAAGUUUUUGACACGAUAACAAGAAACAAGGACCACUAUUUCAGCGCUGAAGACCAAUUAGGCAAAAAGCAGAAACUAAUGCUGUCCUGGCAAGAGGAGUGGAACAGGAGGGAGCAGGAGCUGAUAGACCGGAUGUUGAAAGCCGUAGCACAAGAACCUGAAGAAGAAGCAGUACCAUCUUUGAAGAUGGCAGCUAGCAUGGAUGGAGCCUUUAUUCCAACCAUGAGCGGAGGUGUUCCCUCAGAGGUUGGGAGCACAUUUUGGAGUGACAGAGCUCGUGCCAGGGUGUCUGAGUGGUUGAGCAUUAGAGUUGGACACUCUGAUGUCACCUCUGGGGUGGGCAGCCUGAGUGCCACGGCGAGUUAUGUGGAGAAGUUGGAUGAAAGCCAUCUGACAGACGAGGAUUAUCAACCGAUGACGAGGUUUUUCCCAGAAAAAGGCAAAAUGAAGUUGGACACUGUUCUUGAUGGCAGUGUCUCCAGAGACACUGUAGAAACCCGACGCAGGCACUCUUUUUAGUGAGAAAAUAUUUUUUAGAUUAUUUUAGCUGAAAGAGAGAUGAACCAAGGACCCAAAAUAAUAUAUAUUAUAUAAAACCAUAUCAACCGCAGGCUGCAGUCUUGACUCGUAUUUGUUUUUCAUAAAAAGGAGGAAUUUUUAACAAAAAAAAGAUCGAAGUCUGGCCAAGUAGGAUGAUUCGAGAAAGAUAAAGCCUUUAAUGCAUCAGGCAAGUAACAUUCAAAAAACACCAAUGUGUAUCAGCUUCUUUAUACCCUGAAGAUGGCGCAAGGUGAUACGCAUUGGUCACACCCUGAAGAAAUGUUAUUGCUUUAGUGUAAUCUACAUUUAUCUUUAAAGAUAUUACCCCUCUUGCAACGUUGUAAAUAUAUAACAGUGGCAAAUGUAACUAAGUACAUGUACUCAGUUUUAUUGUGCUUUAUAGACUGCAUUCAUACAUACACAUUUUGAAGCCAAUAUUGUGCUUUUUACACCAUUAUUUUUUUGACAGUUGA